CUCCGGCUCUGUGGGCGGGGCCUGAGCGGGCUGAAUAGCUGCAGAAAGCGGCUGAGCAGUUGUCUACAGCCAAGGCGUUUGGCAGCUUGCGCCAGGCGGCGGGAGGGUGUGAGAGGGACCAUGGAUCCUGCAGCCUUGGUGGAAGCCCUUGAGGAGGAAGUGGCCUGUCCCAUCUGUAUGACUUUCCUGAAGGAGCCCAUGAGCAUUGACUGUGGACAUACCUUCUGCCACAGCUGUCUCUCUGGACUCUGGGAGGUUCCAAGAGAAUCCCAGGACUGUCGUUAUACCUGUCCCCUUUGCUGUGUCCCUGUCCACCCAAAGAACCUGCGACCUAAUUGGCAGCUGGCCAGUGUUGUCGAAAAAGUCCACCUGCUGAGGCUGUGUCUAGGAAUGGAGCUGAAAGGCAAUGUGUGUGAGCUCCAUGGGAAACAACUGAAGAUCUUCUGCAAAGAGGACGACCUGAUGGUGUGUGAGGCCUGCAGCCAGUCCCCAGAGCAUGUGGCCCACUGUGUUGCACCCAUGGAGGCUGUUGCCUGGGAGUUCAAGUGGAAACUCCUUGAGGCUCUGGAACAUCUAAGGAAACAAGAGGACGAGGUCUGGAAGCUGGAAGUUAGUGAAAGGCAACGAACUGCUAACUGGAAGAUACAAGUGGAAACCCGAAAGCGGAGUAUCAUGUGGGAGUUUGAGAAGUACCAGCAAUUACUAAACAAACAAGAGCCGCCAGGUCGGCAGCUGGCCAUGGAAGCAGCUGCAGCUCUGGCCAGCCUGGAACAAGAGAAGGGGGAGACUUUGCAUAAACUGGAAUUGAGUCAUGGAGAGCUUGUCCAGCAGAGAGACAUUCUGUGCGGGAUGAUGGAAGAGCUGAAGGAGAGAUCUCAGAUGCCUGUGCGCUGCAUGCUGCAGGGUAUUCAGGAAGUCCUAAACAGGAGCAAAUCUUGGAGCCUGCAGCUGCCCGAGCCAGUCUCCUUGGAGCUGAGGACAGAUUGCUGUGUUGUAGGCCUAAGAGAGAUUCUGAAGACAUAUGCAGCUGAUGUACGCCUGGAUCCAGACACUGCUUACUCCCAUCUCAUCGUGUCUGAGAACAGAAAAUGCGUACACUAUGGAGACACUCAGCAGGAUCUGCCUGACAAUCCUGAGAGGUUUUACCGCUAUAACAUAGUCCUGGGCAGCCAGUGCAUCUCCUCAGGCCGGCACUACUGGGAGGUGGAGGUGGGAGACAGGUCUGAAUGGGGCCUGGGAGUGUGUAAGGAAGACGUAGACAGGAAGGAGGUGGUCUAUUUAUCCCCUGACUAUGGAUUCUGGGUGAUAAGGCUGAGGAAGAGAGCUGAGUACCGUGCAGGCACCGAUGAAUACCCACUCCUGUCCUUGGCAGUCCCUCCACGCCGGGUGGGAGUCUUCCUAGAUUACGAGGCCCACGACAUCUCCUUCUACAAUGUGACUGAUAAUGGCUCUCACAUCUUCACUUUCCCCCGCUCUCCCUUCCCUGGGCGCCUCCUGCCCUAUUUUAGUCCUUGCUAUAGCAUCUGUGCCAACAACACCACUCCCCUGACCAUCUGUUCCCUGGAUGGUGAGGACUAGGAGAGCUGUCUGCCCAACCAGAGCCCUUGGAACUUGGCCUGGCCCACCAGGGAGUUGGAGGCUGCUCCCACUGGCAAGUGACUCUUAGAAUCAGGCCUAGAAUCCAGAGACUCCUCUCCAUAUCCCUGUGGUCUCUUUCUGUUAGGCCAUUGUCUGUCACUAAAAGAGUCUCAGUCAAAUGAGCAUUUCACCCCAUAUAUUUGGUGCAUAGAUGUUUACAAUUGUUAUCUCUUCCUCUUGAAACUUCCCCUUCACAAGUAUGUAGUGACCUUCUUUAUCUUUUGAUUGUUCUUGGUUUGAA